AGUAGGUUUGCCCUGCUGUAAAGCAUCUAGUUAUGUAGCUGGUGUAUACACAACAUUCAAAAGAGUCUUUACAUCACCAUGGUUACAACCAUGGCAACACAUUUCUGCAUCCAGCUUGCAUAUGGGGGAAGUUUAGUUUUGAAUGGUAGUGUCUUCAUGGUUUCAUAAUCGACGCAGGCUUAUCAACGACAGUCCAGAAAUGUUUUGGAACCUGUAGUUCUACCAAGAAAACAGGCACACAUAAAGGCAGCAGUGAUUACAUGGUGCAAGCUUCCACAAACUUUUGAGAAAAAAUUGAAAAGGACACUGCCAGGAAUUGGAGUUUAACAAUGAAGGUUAACAUGGUGAAGAGGAUCCAUUGUGCCAUGACAGUCUGAACAGGCAGAUCUAGGACUUGAGUUCUUGAGUUUAGCAUUGGGCGUCAUCAGUCGUUGGUAUUUGGCUGUCUUUUGACCAUGACCACUUCUUUCUAACAAGACAAGAUAUGACAGAGAAAACUGUCUAUAGCUCACCCAUGAAGAGAUCACCUGUUUAAUGGCAAUACACCUAUAAUUAACAGAUGUAAUAACAUCAUAUGAGGGGACUAUUUUUUACAUCAGCUGGUCAUUCGAAUGGAUGUGUUGGAAGCACUGUGUUGUAGACAGGUAAUAAACUCUUGAAACUUCAUCCCUCCCUCUCAAUGGAUACGUUUGAGAUACACUUGUAAUAAAAAGUGGUAUCUAACAGGGACUUUUUUGUAAUCAAUAUUGAUUAUAUAUGAGUUUACCAAUGAUCUGAGUCAACAAUGAAAUGAUGCUGCUUCUUUGUGGAUCACGACUCUUCAUCUGAUUGUGACGGGACUGACCGACAAGGAGCAUCAAACUUUCAUCUCCUGGAUCUGCACCAUGGAUGAGGCCAACACGACAGACACUCAGGAUGAAGUUCGCAUGAUCCAAAGUGUCUGCUCCUUUACCAUCUCCGUCCUAGGAAUGCUGGGUAAUUGUGUGGCCAUCUACCAGAUCGUGUCCCGCGGGCUGUACCAGCAAACCUGCAACGUGUACAUCCUCAACCUCAGCAUCAACAACCUCCUGACGUGCGUCAUCGUCCUCCCUGUCCUCGGCGCCAACAGCUUCUCUGAUGGCUGGGUCAUGGGCAGCUUCUUCUGCAGCUUCUUCCCCUACAUCAUGCACUCCCUCACCUGCAUCGAGACCAGCGCUCUCAUCCUCAUCACCGUCAACCGCUACGUGUUGGUCGUGCAUCCUGUGACGUACCGAAUAUAUUACUCCAGCCGUCGCUUCAACGCCAUGUUGCUGUCAUUUCCGGUGAUGUUCUUCUUGCUGCUGCAGCUCCUUCCCUUCACUGGGACGUGGGGCCACUUCACGUACCACAAGGACAAGCUGUACUGCACCUUCAGCCAAACUGACCGCGGCACUCGGACGUACAUCGUGUUCCUAUGCAGUCUCAUCCUCGUCACCACCAUUCCUGUCCUUGCCUACUGCUACUGUCGAAUUCUAUGGACAUACGUCAAAUCGAAGAAACGUUUGAACCACUCAAGUGGAACCCCAAAAUCAGAAAAUGACCAAUCUUCAAAAUGGCUGAGCUCGAAACAGGACAUCCAGCUGAUUCGCACAGUGGUAAUAAUCAUGGUCUGCUAUAGCGUCACCCAUAUACCCUUUCUCGUGGUCAACGUUGUAGAUUCGGACUUCAAACAGAUUGGCGUUGUGGCCUACACGUUUCUGACAUACCUAGCUCUGUCACACACAGCUAUUAACCCUGUUGUGUACGCCCUGCUCAACACACAGAUCAACAGCAACCUGCGCUGUUGUCAGAGUCUCUGCCAGAAGCGUAACGAAACAUCAGUACAUUUACGGCAAACUGCUGUAUCCCCAAGCUAGUUACCAGUCAGCCAAACAAGUGAUUGUCAAAGAGGCUAAUUCAUUGGAACAUCGACUGGCAAUAUCUACAUAUUUAUGCUAUUAAAUGUAAAUUUAGAACAUUACCUUUAUUAACAUUGCCCUUGUGCUAUGCAUGCAGGCUUGAGCAAGUGUUUACUUCUUAAAAUGCUGCGUCAGCAAUCUUGCAGCCAUCAAGGCGAUAUGCAUGCAGGCUUAUGCAAAAGUGAUGCAAAAGAAGUGUUGUGAUAGUGAAUUCAGAGGAUACAAGUGAGAGUGAGUUGAUUUUACCAUUGUUUGAACAUCAUUCUAGUUAUAUUGCAUUGUGUCACCUUGUCAGCCUAAACUGAUGCUGGAUGUAGACAUUUGACAAGCAAAAGCAAGGAAAUGGUGCGGAUGGACCAAGGAUGAUAUUUGGGUGAACAUGUGACACUCGGAGGGGGCAUAACUUUCAUAUGGGUCAGAUAUGCUACAGAUUAAACUACAGAGACUGGUGGAAGAGUGUCACUUCCAAGAAACCAGGUAUGGAAGACUGGGAUCCUGUCUAUUGAUACCGGUUCUCUGAAGAUGUGGUGGAGUUCAGAAUGUUGCGGCAAGUCAAAACAUGUUUCCAUGUUACUGAUCUCUGAAAUAACAGCCAAAUUUGAUUGAGACAUGUCAUAAUACAUCCUGUGUCGGCAGUAUCUGAAUGUCAGAGUGAGUGAGUGGAUGAGUGGGUCAAUGAGUGAGUGAGUGAGUGAGUGAGUGAGUGAGUGAGUGAGUGAGUGAGUGAGUGAGUGAGUGAGUGAGUGAUACUGCUUUAUACAGCAUUUCACUGCUGAAGCCUCAUCCAGGAGGUGCGAGGUCAUUAUCUGGAAUUCAAACCCACAAGAAGCAAGUCAUGGCAUGACUAAGGGACACAACUCUGCUCCACCUUUGGCCACUGGGCCACCUCUGUAGACUGAUGCAUGAUGUAGUUCUUGUGAUGUAAUUUCACAUUUGCUCAAAAAUAAAGUCACAAAAAUGUAAAUGUUUGUAAUGUAUUAUCUAGAACUGUUGAUGAGUUUUUUCACUUAUAGGAUCUUGUUUGCAAUCAUGUUUUCAACGCUACAUGUCUGGUGUAAACGCUGACCACUAACUAAGUAAGUUAAUGUGUUGCUGCAAUGUGUCUUCAAUAUUCAAACAUCAUAGCAGCCCCCAAAGAACUGAAGUUGGGCCAGCAAACUAGGGGUUGACAGCAUGAGAAACAAUCCAAGCCAAUCACACAUUGCAACCAGCUGACUCACAAUG